AUGGGGCUGGCUCCUCUAAGGUGUGGGGAGUUAUCCUUCAGCCAGCUCUUGGGCCGGGCUCUCAACAGCUUCAACGGCCACCCCGUAGCCGGCGGCAGCUCCGGUGGCGAAGGUGCCAUCGUCGGCCUGCACGGCUCGCCCAUGGGCAUCGCGACCGACAUCGCCGGCUCCAUCCGAAUACCCUGA